UUGAUUCAUUCAAGACAAAACGUGAAACGGAACAGAUAGAAAAGGGCGUGCAAAGUGUCUAACUAGGAAUCACAUUUUGUUUCUUUGACUACUUGCAAUCUAGUUCGUUCUAUCCAACACAGUGCACGACUAUUUUACAGCCAGCAAUGUCUCGUGAAGCGAUUGAGAAUUUGACGCUGGAUCUGGAGGAGAUGCGAAAGUUGGCCGGAACUGCGCAGAGAAGCCGGGUGCAACAGAUGCUCGCGAUAGAUAUACGCAAGCUGGAAACGGAUAUCCAGCGCCAGCGGGAUCUUAUGGCCGCCCAGGCCAGCAGCGAGCAGAGCGUAACGCGCCCGGUACAGACCCCGGUGUCCGCGCCGGGUGACAUUAGACGGUACCAGGUGGAGCUGAAGGAAUACGCAUGGGAUCAGAGCGAUAAGUUUAUCAAAAUAUUCGUCACCGUUAACGGCGUGCAGCAGGUGCCGGAAGAUAACGUGAACGUCGAGUUCACAGAAAACUCCUUCCAGCUGGUUAUCAGCGAUCUUAACAAUAAGGAUUACAUUUUCGUGGUAAACAAUCUGCUCAAUCCGAUCGAUUCGGAAAAGAGCUACCGCCGCGUAAAGUCCGACAUGGUGGCGAUCUAUUUGGCGAAACAGAGCACGACCAAGUGGGCACACCUGACGUUGACGGCGAAGCGCCUGCAAGAUCUUAAAGACGAGCGAAUGUCGGACGGAAAGAAGGGGGCUUCCGAUGAUCCAUCAUCCGGACUGAUGAACAUCAUGCAGCAGUUGUACGAUUCGGGAGAUCCGGAAACGAAGCGUAUGAUUAACAAGGCUUGGCACGAAUCGCAAAACAAGCAGAAGACUGCACCUCUGGAGUGAAAUCAACUGUACGGGAAGGGCAGCCUGACGAGAAUUAUAAGUCUGUAGUGUGCUACAUGUUUUGCUCCAUUUCAUACUGGUUAAUAAUUAAUGGCCAAUGCGUAAUAUUCCUAAGUCAACGUAAAAUAAAACCUUUAAAUACAACAUAAAAACA